AUGGCAGAUGAUGAUGAUGAUGAUGAUGAUGAUGAUGAUGAUGAUGAUGAUGAUGAUGAUGCUGCGAAUUGUUUGCCCAUCCCUUGCACGGUCCACACACACUCGAUACCUGACUAUGCUUGUGCCCAUGAGGAGGCUGUAGACCGAUGCACACAACAGCACAUACACACACACACACACACACACACACUGUUGGGGCCAAAUCAAGCAGAGAGGGUGUGUGAUUCGACGAGACACUGGGUGAUGCGAGUGUGCAGAUUUGAGUGUGUGCUGGUUGCUGGGGCGUACCACUCAAUGUCCAUUCGUGUGUGGCCAAUGGCAAAGUCACUGUGAGUGUGUCUCCCGGAGGAUUGGCUGAAGCCGGUAGGUCACAGCCGCUGGCAGAGCAACAAGGACCUCGAUACGUGGCCAAUCACUGCAAUACAGUCGUGUUCAAACACAUACAAGCGUGUCGAUGCAUGCAUGCAGACCACAUCGACAAUCAGGCAAUUCGAGGUCUUCUGCACCAGAUCACAUAAUGAUUGGCUAUUGGCCACGACAACAGGACACGCUGAGGUGUUUUACAAUAGGGUUGAUGGAGGAGAUGAGAUCCAAAGGCGAGAGCAGACGAGAAACCCAAGCGUCAGUAACACUCAAGACAGUAGUCCGGAUUGGGUGUGUGAUUGCUGCGAGUUGCAGAGUCGUCUGUUUGGUAAACACUCCAAGGCACUGGAGCAGAAUAAGCACAAAACAAGGCACCUUGCUGGGCUCUCGAGGAGAAGAGCAGAGGCUGUUAAAAAUAAAAAGAAAAAAAAAGAAAAGCGGAGGCGACAACAAUAUUACAAGGAAAUGAUUGAUUUUCUACAGCAUCAUGAGACUUGCUACUCACUUGAAUCAGCGCUCAAUGACAAAAACAGCAACCAGCAAUAUUAA